UGUACCUAUACAGUUUAUCCAUAUUAGAAACCAUUUAUAAAUUAAAAAAAAAAUAUUUUAUGAUGUAUUUUAUCCGUGGGGUUUUAAAGACAAAGGAAACACAGCAAGUACACGCUAAUAUUUUGGUACCCGCCUGUAAUCCACUACGGUUGGAGCUGGGCUUUGGUACGUGGUGCUGGUUGGCUCUGAGGCUUGCACAUGUGAUGACGCCAACGAUCGGGACGCUGGCUGGCUAGACCCGGUUCAUGCAAUUCAGGGUCCAUAUAGAAGCCAGGAGAGCUCAUCAGCUGCUCUUGAUUCGCUGGCGACCCUCGUCAAGUGAUGAAGCUAGCUACAGUAGCUGGAGAGAAGAGAGGUUGGGGCCUUCCUUGGCUUGUGCAUCCAGCACGAUACAUUAGCGCUAGCUAGCUAGCAAGAAUGAGGGUUCAUGGGAGUUCGGCUGCAAGCCGUAUAUUCCACGAAUAGAAGCAGGUAACCAGGCUGGCUAGUUGCAUAUAGGCAGUCGCAAACCAGCGAAUAGCACAUCGACAUUGCUAAGUGACGUUGUCCCCCGUGCUCGUAACUGGACAUUGACCGGCAGCCCGAAGGAUUUCAUGCUUUUUACUCCUCGUCAAGCUCGAUUGGUAGAGACACACACGUCCGUCUUGGAGAGAGACGGAAAGCGGGCGGGCGGUACUUGCAACCCAACGUCCCGCAGUGGGACCGUUUGCUUUGGAUCCACGAACAUCUUGGAGAAAAGAGCAGGCUAGCUAUUGCGGAUAUGCGCUGGGCAAGGGUCAUGAGUCGGGGCGUGGCAUGCGAACAGCAUUUUGGUGGCGGGGUUGGCGGCUGGUUUUACCAAAGCUUUGGAACGAGCGCAUGUUGUGCAUGAGACCAUAUGUAAAGUUGACAAAGGGGGUCCCUAGCAGCAGCAGAUAGCAUCCAUCUACUAGAAGUGUGAGAUUUGGCUAAGCCAGACACGAUAUCGGCCGAGGCUGUGGUUGAGUCACUCGGUGAUGGGUGCUCAUAGCCUUGAAUAGAAAACCACCAGUGCGUGCUGUUGCACUACGAACAAAACUUGUACAGAUUCACGAAAAAAACGACCGUCGUUUAUAGAUUCCGUGGCAAUUGGCGACCCUUGGCAACUUUAUCCGGAGCCAUGGCACCAGGAGCAGCACCGCACAUCUGGAUCAACGGGUUCCCGGCCACGGGCAAGCUCACGAUAGCCAAGGAGGUGCAUCGUCUGGUCCCUGGGUCGGUGCUCAUCGACAACCACUCCCUUAUUGACCAGGUCACGCUGGCGAGAGAUCACCCCGACUACAACGCAGAGCGGGCCAAGGUGCGCAGCGCCGCAUUUACCAAGUGGGUGCAUCCGGCGACCGACGACGAGAGCGACUGCGGCAGCAAGCAGGAUCAGCUCAACCAUGUAGUCAUUUUCACCGAUUUCUUGACCGUUGGCAAAAUAGGUGAAGAGGUGUCGGCGGCGCAAAAGACGGCAGCAGAAAAGGCCGGUCGACCGUUUCUGCCCGUCUAUCUAUCGUGCUCGAGAGACGAGCUCAUGGCUCGACUGGCAAGCCCUGACCGGCAAGCGGGGACCACUACCAAGCUCAAGCUCAAGGAUGCCAAGCUCGUCAAUGAAUUUCUCGACGACUCGACAAUAUACAAGUUCCCAGGUGGUAUCGGGUUGGAGCUUGAGGUGACGAACAUGGCGCCUGAAGAGGCCGCCAGGGCCAUAGUGUCUGCGAUGGAGUCAAUGUAGAAGAAGGUCAAUAUUUCUGGUGCCAAUAUAUCAGCAUGGAACGCCUCGUCUAUAUUUUUAUUUCUUUUCGUGGUCAAGCGACUCCUUGCCUUAUCAGCAAAUCAAAGCCAAACAAAGCCGCCUACCUAGCGCUUCCUAUCCCAGUCUAGUGUUGGUUUAGUUCCUCUGCUGGAUUAGUAGAGCGGGUCGCCAACAACGCUCGUCUGCGUAACGGGGCUGGCGAAUAGCUCGGAGUGCAUCUUUUGCCUAUUCUCGCCUGCUGAGCGCUCAAAGCUCGGGGCACAGAAUGCCUCUAUCGCAAGAUGCAACGCUGAUGUGUCGACUGGGCGUCUGAUGCGCAGGACACUGCUGCUGCUGGUAUCCACGCGGGUACAGCAUGCCCAGGCGGCAGGCAGGCAGACAGCCAGGCAUCUUGUAGAUAGAUGGGAGUGAGUGAGCGUAUGCGAGAGCCGCCAGAAUCGGCUUCAGCUGGAGGUCACGACUCGGGAACGAACCGUGUGUAGGGAGUAUCGAUCGAGACUUGUAGUCUAGUCACGCGGCGGGCCGGUGUGUCUGGUGUGGCAACGCCCGCUGUCUCUUUUUUUUUGCCUCUUUGUGUAUUAUUUCCUUUUUCCUUUGUUUCCUUGGCGAACAACAUUGCUUCUUUGUUACGGGCUGCGGCUGGCCCGCUAAGGAUAAAGCCUUGCUGCAACUGCUGCUGCUGAUGCCGUAUGUAGACAGUGCAUCUGCCUGCUGCAUGCGAGCGUCUGCGUGUUUGCUUUGGCGAGCCAUAUUUUGACAGCACUAUUGGAGCCCUGCGUCACCUUUUGUCGUGCAAUUCGUCUUGGCCAUGUAUCAUCAUGCCCAGGCCAAAAAGCAAGACGAUGUUCAUCCUCGCGGCGAGUAUUCUAAAAACAGGUAUCUCCGAG